CACAUAGAGAGGGAGAGAGAAUGAUUCAGAUUCAGAGCUCAUUCUGUGUUAGCAUCUCACUCUGAUGUCAAUAAAUGAAGCCUGAGGUAUUGUGUCCCAUUACAGAGCCUGAGUAGAAAAUCCUUAUCCCAAGAUGCAGUGGUGCAGGUGGGCUGGCAGUUGGAGAUCACACCUACCAAGACAGUCUGCAGAUCCAGAGAUUGAGGACUCUUUUGACUUUCUAUUCAAAAUCAUCCUGGUUGGGGACUCGGAUGUGGGGAAGACCUGCGUGGUCCAAAGCUUCAAGUCUGGUAUAUUCAUUGAGAAACAGCAAAACACCAUUGGGGUCGACUUUACUGUUCGUACCCUGGACAUCGAUGGCAAGAGAGUGAAGAUGCAGGUGUGGGACACAGCUGGACAGGAGCGAUUCCGCACCAUAACUCAGAGCUACUACCGCAGCGCCCAUGGAGCCAUGGUAGCCUAUGACAUCACACGCCGCGGCACAUUUGAAUCGGUUCCCCACUGGAUCAGGGAGGUGGAGCAGUAUGGAGCUGCCAGUGUGGUGCUGAUACUCAUUGGGAACAAGUCAGACCUCCAUGCUCAGAGGCAGGUGUUGUUCGAGGAUGCAUGCACUCUGGCAGAAAACAACAAUGUUCUUGCUGCUCUAGAAACCUCAGCCAAGGAGGCCCAGAACGUGGAGGCGGCCUUCAUCCUCAUGGCCCGGGAGCUGCUGGCACGGAAUGGCAUGCCCAUCACAGAUGAGGCCUCUCAAGACUCAUCUCAGUUCAUGUUGAGUAACAGCUCCCACCCAGUCCAUGGUACUGUGUCCUCAGAUAAGAAGUGUGGGUGCUGAGCGCAUUGAAGCAGGGACGUGUCCAUUAAGAAUUGCUUGAAAAAUAGUGGUGGCAGCUUGAAUACUCAAUGUACGUGUGUGUUUGAAAAGUUCCUCUACAAGGGAAGGGAGGCUAUUUGCAUUAGAUUUUUUUUUUUUGAGAAACUACAUAUGUUGCAGUGUGUGUGUGUGUGUGUGUGUGUGUGUGUGAAUAUAGGUUUUGUAUAUGUUUUGAAUUUUAAUAUUUAUAGUUAGUAGAAUCAGUUUAACAGAGGUUUUAAAUGGGUAAUGUGGUAAUGACUCCAGUGUUACAAACCACACCACUGCUGGAAGAGUCUGUACACACUAACAGAAAGUUUUCACUUGACAACUUUUUGUGUCUUUCAUCCUUUUUAAUUGUUCUUUUAUACAGUAUGGCUUUUACAGUACGUUACCAAAGUUCCACACUUUUAACCUGCAAUUGAAGUCACCUGCAAAUCAUACACUGUUAUA